AUGCGACGUGAUCGCUUGAACGACAGGUUUCUUGAGUUGGGGAGGGAACUCGACCCGGAUCUGCCUCCCAAGACGGACAAAGCCGUGAUUCUGAACGACACAGUGAAGCUUCUGACGCGAUUGAAAGAAGAGGCGAUUGCCCUGACAGAAGGCAACCGACAACUACGUGACCAGAUAAAGGAACUAAAGGUGGAGAAGUCGGAGCUCCGCGAAGAGAAGUUACGGCUGAAGGCUGAAAAGGACGUUCUGCAAGGGAAGUUGCACUCGUUGCCCGUCCCUGCCACUGGUUGCUUCACAUCUCAGGCAGCAGCAGCAGCGGCAUCAGCCGCACUGCAAGCUGCAGCAGUGGCAGCGUUUUCUGGUCAAAUUACAGCCAAACCAGCAGACUACAGCCACGUGUUUGCUGUGGCUCCGCCACCCGUGGACGCAGCGGAUCAGAACACGGGCAUGUGGCAAUGGCUGCCGCCCAAUGCUGCUGACAUUUCCAGGGAUCAUAUCCUUCGCCCUCCUGUUGCUUGA